GUCAUUGUUCCGAUAGGGGGCAGUGAUGAGACUUCACGCCGAUUCAUUUCGAGCUCUAACUCUGUGGUGCUGAGGCCGGAGUUUAGAGCCUGAAAGUGUCGAACAGUAUGAGUGGUUCAGUCUGGUUAUAUAAUCCUUGUUACAGAUAUAAAUUAGAUCAAUAGGGAUUAGCGGUGAUAUUCAGGCUGAAGUGAGUGGAGCGGCGAGCUGAUAAAUAAAACAUGACUGCCAACGAAGAGCAGGAGAUGGAGUUGGAAGCUCUGCGUUCAAUUUACGAAGGGGAUGAUUGCUUCAAAGAGCUGAGUCCCGUCUCCUUCCAGUUCAGGAUAGGAGACCUAAACGAGGCCAAAUCAUUCCUGAUGGACAUCUCAUGGACAGAGACGUAUCCGGAAACUGCACCCCGUAUAUCCUUAGAUGCCUUUUUCAACAACAGAAUCUCUGCAGAGACCAAGCAGUUAAUAAUCUCCAAGCUGCACGAGCAGGUAGAGGCGAACCUGGGAGGCGCCAUGAUGUACACGCUGUUCGAAUGGGCCAAAGAGAACCAGGAGACGCUGAUGGAGAAUCACCAGCCUGUAGUGUCUGCUGUGACCCUGACUUCUAACAGCGACGUAAACAAUCCCGUCUCCGUUGGAAAGAAAAAGGAAAAAAAGGAACAGCUCACUAAGGCACAGAAAAGGAAAAUGAUUGGAAGAACUGAUAAUAAAGGUGAACUUCCCAGAGGUUGGAACUGGGUUGAUGUUAUCAAGGUAAUGUGAUCACCAUAAAAUGAAAUUGUAAGGGAGUUUCAAGCUGUGUAUUGUAAACUCUAACAUGUCAAUGUCUGCUUUUUUCUUUUAUUCAUGUACUGCU